ACUAACUAACCGUAUUUCCAUCGUCAAAGUGCAAAUCACAAAAACGAUCCACCAUGGAAAUGGAACCCUCAUUGUUCUACUCUCUUAUACUCUUCCCAGUUUUUCUCUACACCACCUUCAAGCUUCUCUCUAAGAGCAGAAGAUUAAGAAACCUUCCACCAGGUCCAACACCUCUUCCAAUAAUAGGCAACCUCCACCACCUAAAACCGCCGCUCCACCGCGCAUUCCACCGCAUGUCGCAGACAUACGGCCCCAUAUUCUCCUUGUGGUUCGGCUCGCGCCUCGCGGUUGUCGUCUCAUCGCCGUCGGCUUUCCAAGAAUGCUUCACUAAGAACGAUAUCGUGUUGGCGAAUAGGCCAAGGUCUCUGUCCGGAAAGUACAUAUUCUACAACUACACCACCGUAGGGUCUUGCUCCUACGGCGACCAUUGGCGCAACCUCCGCCGCAUCACUUCUCUUGAUGUUCUCUCAACGCAACGGACUCACUCCUUCGCCGGAAUCCGAAAGGAUGAAACCGACAGGUUGAUGACAAAAUUGGCGAAGGAAACAGGGUCAGGAUUUAGUGAAGUGGAGCUAAGUUCUAUCUUUCAUAAUAUGACUUACAACAACAUGAUGAGAAUGAUAUCAGGGAAAAGAUACUAUGGUGAUGACCAUGACAUGAAAGAUUUGAAUGAAGCCAAAGAAUUUAGGGACACAGUCACAGAGUUGCUUCAAAUGGCAGGUGUUUCUAACAAAGCAGAUUACAUACCUUUCCUAAGGUGGUUUGACUUUGGCAAUUCCCAAAAGAAGUUGAAGAAUAUUAGUAACAGGUUUGAUGAUUUCUUGAAUAAACUCAUCCAAGAGAACCGUACUAGGAAGCAGCACGAAGAAGGUGAAAAUUCCAUGAUUCACCAUCUAUUGAAUCUUCAGGAAUCCGACCCUUACUACUAUACUGAUCAAAUCAUCAAAGGGCUAGCUCUGGCCAUGCUGUUUGCGGGAACAGAUUCAUCUGCUGUGACUUUAGAAUGGUCACUAUGUAAUUUACUAAAUCACCCUGAGGUUUUGAACAAGGCAAGAGAAGAAAUAGAGACACAAAUUGGAGAGGAGAGGUUGCUAAGUGAAUCAGAUCUUCCAAAACUACCUUACCUUAGGAACAUUAUUCUAGAGUCACUAAGGUUGUACACGCCAGCACCGUUGCUCAUACCACACGUGUCAUCACAAGACAUCACAAUAGGAGGAUUCAAUGUUCCAAAGAACACUAUAGUGAUGAUCAAUGCUUGGGGGAUGCAUAGAGAUCCUACGGUGUGGAGUGAUGCCACGUGUUUCAAUCCGGAGAGGUUUGAGAAAGAAGGAGAGGAGAAGAAGUUGGUUGCUUUUGGAUUGGGACGAAGGGCUUGCCCUGGUGAAGCAAUGGCUAUGCAUGGUGUUGGUUUCACUUUGGGAUUGUUGAUUCAAUGCUUUGAUUGGAAAAGGGUUAGUGAGGAACCCAUUGAUAUGAGAGAAAGAAAUUGGUUCACUCUUUCAAGGUUGACUCCGUUGAAGGCUAUGUGUAAACCACGCCCAAUUGUGAACAAAGUUUUCUCAAAUAUUUAGGGUUAGAUCUCAAACCAUAUUUCAGCAGUGUGGGCUGUGUGUGAAGAAUGAAAAUGCGUCUGCGAUGCCAUCUUCUCACUAGACCCCAGUACCUCGUUGCUCUUCCCUCCAAAAAUGGCUAAGACCACCAUACUUGCAGAGCUUGCCGACAAAGAAGAAUGGAAGCAUGGUGGUGGACGCUUCCGCGAAGGUUGCUUUAGCAGCAAUGCCGCUAGGGAUGAAAGUCUCGGUGCCGAAGGAUGCAACGAGGGAAGGCAAUGAUAAGAGGGCCUCCCAAUUUCUUUCAUCGAAGGCUCUUUUUAUUGCUGUUUUUCGUUUCAGGAGGGGCAUCUCAGCCAGCUGUCCAUGAUGUUUUUCUAGCCAGAAAUCGGUUGUUCAUUGUAAUUAGGAUUGUUCGAAAGCUCAGUUAGUUUAGCAAGCAUUGAAGAGUUUUGGUCAACCUCUGAAUUUGAUGAAUUAGUUAUUGCUUCAUAGCAAAGAACGCCUUUUUAGAUUUUUUUCUGGUUUUUGGUGGAUUUAGCGUUCCAGGAAUAAUGAUACAUUUCAUCCAUACGAGUUCUGGCCCUUGAAUAAGGUGACUGGUAUGGCUUUAUCCUUGGAAAAGGAACUUCGUAAUGUUUUUGAGUUGAAACGAGUUUCUAUUUCUCUACUA